UAAUUCAAACCCCAAUCAGCAGCAAUGGCGAAGACUCCCUCCAAGAAGGCCGCUAAGACGGUUGCUAAGUCCGGUAAGGGCAAGGGCAAGGGCAAGAAGCGUGUUGAGUCGUACUCGACCUACAUCUACAAGGUGCUGCGUCAGGUGCACCCCGACACGGGUAUCAGCAAGCGUGGCAUGUCGAUCAUGAACUCGUUCAUCAACGACAUUUUCGAGCGCAUCGCUUCGGAGGCCGGUAAGCUUUCCCGCUACAACAAGAAGUCCACGCUUUCCAGCCGUGAGAUCCAGACGGCCGUGCGUCUUAUGCUCCCUGGUGAGCUUGCCAAGCACGCCGUGUCGGAGGGCACGAAGGCUGUGACCAAGUUUACGUCUGCUUAAGCGCUUUAGCGUACGCGUAAACUGCUCGGUCUGGCUUUUAAAGAGCCUCUGAAGCUUGUCGACUUACAAAGUGUGGUUGACGAAAUCUAGUCGGAAUUCGUUUGCUGUGCCUUCGCUGGUAUUGCAACGUGGACCGCACAAUUCAUUCUGGUGUUUAUUAACACCACCCUUUUGUGAAAGAUAUUUAAAGCGAGACAGAUUCGGUCUUCGAUUUGG